GACUUUUUUUUCUUUGGUGCAGUUAACCUCACUUAAAUAUGCCAAAUAUACAAAUUUUUAAUGGAUUUUUGCGCUGAAUUUAGAGCGAAAUUAUGGAAUUUGCAGACUUGAUCACGACUCCCAAGCUAGACGGAGUUAUUCUGCACAGUCCUUUUCACGAUCCCAUCGACGGGACGUUGUGCAUCACUGGACACCAUUUGAUACUUAGCACUAGAAAAGAUAACGUUCAAGAGUUGUGGUUGCUUAUUCAAGCUAUCGAUUCGAUAGAAAAGAAACCAACUUCAGGACCUGUACAGAACGGAGGAACCAUCGUACUAAAAUGUAAAGACUUCAGGCACUUACAAUUAGACAUAGCAAACACACAAGACUAUCAUAAUGUGUACACUUCGAUAGAAAGAUUAUCAAACCUACAAAAACCAGAAUUAUCUUAUGCCUUUUUCUAUAGACCGAUGUACAAUAUAUUAGAGGAUGGAUUUACAUUAUUUAGGCCUGAGACUGAAUUUGCAAAGUUACUUGCUACAGAUGAGUGGAGGAUAUCGCACAUUAACAAGAAUUACACAGUGUCUAAAACUUACAGUUCUGUGUUGAUUGUUCCUAAAUGUAUCGACGAUAAUACUAUAGUGACAGCGGCCAGUUUUCGUGAAGGUGGAAGGUUUCCUAUUCUCAGUUACAGGCACGAAAAUGGUGCAGUUUUAUUGAGAUCCAGUCAACCACUGUUAAAUAACAAUAAUAAAAGGUCCAGGGCUGAUGAGAAAAUUUUAAAUGCAGUACUAGGACCGAAUAAAAAGGGAUACAUCAUUGAUACGAGAAGUCCUAAUUUAGUCAGUCACAGUAAAAGUAAAGGGGGUGGUACCGAACCCGACGGACACUAUACACAGUGGAAGAAAAUAUUUAAGAAUUUGGAUAAACUGGUUAAAUGUGAUGGGUCGCUUUUAGAUCAUUUUAGUAGACUGAUGGAAGCUUGUUACGAUAAACAAAUAUCGACGGACAAAUGGCUGUCCCGACUGGAGAAUAGCCAUUGGUUAACGCACGUUCAAAACCUUUUGAGUACCGCCUGUUUGGUGGCGCAAUGUCUGGAUAAAGAUGGCGCUUCCGUGUUGGUUCACGGGUCUUCAGGUCUGGACGCAACUCUAUUGGUGACAUCUAUAGCACAAGUGAUCUUAAAUCCCGAUUGUAGAACAGUUAGAGGGCUUCAGGCUUUAAUAGAAAGGGAAUGGCUUCAGGCAGGCCAUCCGUUCCAAACGAGACAUUCCAAAUUUUGUUACUCCACUUCGAGAACGAAAAAUCAACAGCCGACGUUUCUGUUGUUCCUGGACUGCAUUCAUCAGCUGCACAAUCAGUUCGCCUCGAGUUUUGAGUUUACCACCCAGUUGCUGAUAGUUAUUUUCGAAAAUUCCUAUUACAGUAAUUUCGGUACGUUUGUAGGAAAUUCGGAAUUUGACAGACAAGAACUAAAGCUUUCCGAGGGUACUACUAGUUUUUGGUCGUACUUAAACAGGCCGGACGUUAUAACGAACUUUCUAAAUCCCAUCUAUGAACCGAACAAAGCGGCAAUAUGGCCUAGUAUAGCACCUGUUAGUUUAGUACUGUGGAACGAAUUGUACCUUAGGUGGGUGAUCGACCAAAAAUACCAGAAAAUCGCCAUAUUGAAAAUAAAUCAUCUGAUCCAAGGCGAUAAGGAUCUCAGAAGCACGGUUAUAAGGAUGAGGAGGCAGUUGUUGGACUUGCAGAAAGAACUGCAAAGUUUGUCUUUGGAAAUUGAAGACGAUGAUCUCUCUGAUCACAUUUAACUUGUAUAAGUAAAUAUGUAUGUGUUACGCUUAGAUCUGAUUACCUGAUUUUCUUUUAUUUAUGUAUCAAAAUUUUAUCUUUAUUAUAUAUGAUUUUUAUGUAUAUAACUUAAAACAAACUAAAAAGUUACACGUGAAUCAUCAAUUGUGUUAUUUGUAAUUUUUUUUUGUUAAAUUAUCGACAUUUUAAAAAUGUCGAUAUGUAGUUUCCAUCUCUAAUUUUCAUAGUCAUUCAUCUACUUUCGAAUAAAAAUGACAAACAACUACAAUAACUGUCAUAAUCUGUAUAUUCUUUCGCUGGACCAGACUAUAUUUUAAUUAUUUACUAGUGAGUUUAGUGUGCUCUCUAAUUUUAGACAAAUUUUUCUAAAAAGUAAAAAACGUUUUAAAAACAUGACAAAAUACCUUAUUCAUGAAAUUAGUGUGGUACUUAAAUAUCGAUAACUAGAAAAAAUCGAUAUAAAAAUGUUAUCCCUAGUAUACAGGGUUGUUCACCAAAUACGACACAGAGUAUUGUAACUAAACGAUUAGAUUUUAACGAAUUG